AUGGAUUAUAAACUGUGUGAACAGUUUGAUACAUUGAGAAAAUAUUUACCCGAUGAAUCAAACACAUCUACAAGUAAUGAUAUUCAUAAUUUAGAGAACAUUAAGUAUUACUGCUCUAAUGUAGAAUCAGAGGAAGCAGAAUGUAAGACAGAUAUCGAUAAAAUUAAGGCUGGAUGUUUAUGGUUGUUUGAGCAAUUGUUUGUGAAAAAUAACAAAAAUAUCAGUACAGUUGAAUACAUUAUCAUAUGGUUAAGUUAUAAACUAAAUCAAAAGACGUAUGACGAAGCCAAGGAUCUAAAUGAUUUUUACAAUAAAUAUAUAGAAAAUAAUAGGCAUUAUAUUAAUUGUAAACAAGGCGGUGUAAAUUGUAGUAAUUUAUUAAAUAGUAAUACAGGAUAUUCAAAUUAUAAGGAGAUCAUAGAUAAAAGAAAGAAAAUGUUUAAUAUUAAUAUUAAAAAUAUAUCUAAAAUUUAUGAUGCAUUUAAAUCAUUAUGUAACAUGUACACUGAACUUAAUGCAAACAGCACAAUAUCUGAGGAAUCUUUAGGAAAUGCUAAAAAUUUUGUUAAAAAAUAUAAAGAACUUAAUGACGAUUCUACAAUUAAUGAAGACGGUUCAUAUAAACAAGUAUUGUCUACAUUAUCAAUUGAUUAUAUUAAUUUUAAAAGUUCUUGUGAUAGUAAUGACAAUGGUUGUAACAAAAUUCCAUCCCUUACCCCGACAGAAGCAGAAGAAAGUGAUAUUCUAAGUUCUGAAGAGAUUUGUUAUGUUACAUCAUCAAGUUUGUCGAUAGUAAAAAAAUUAAUUCUAGCUUUAUUAAUAUUCAGUGCAAUAUCAAUCUUUUUGGGAAUUUUUUUUAAGUGUUCGUUAUUUGUAUUACGGAAAAGAGCUCAAAAACAAUAUUUAAGAGAAAGGCUAAAAAAAUAA